AUGUCUGUCUUCAUUAAUCCCCUUGUCGAAAUUGUGAAAAUUUUAUUGGUUCCGGUUUCUCGGCAUAUCGGGUAUCUUGUUAAGUCGAAAGUAAAGGUUUGUGAUCUGGAAGUGGAGACGUGCCGACUCGAGGACAAAAGGGCUGAUUUCAUGGCUGGAGUUGAAGUGGAAAAGAUUAAUGGGAAGGUGCUGACAAAGGAGGCGAACGGGUGGUUCCAAAGAGCACAAGAUUUGGAGCUCCAAGCAGACCAAGUGGUUGCGAGAUACAAUGAUAGGAAGUGUUGCUUUGGAGGGUUGUGUCCUAAUUGCCCCUCCAACUAUAAGCUCGGCAGGCGUGCGGCAAAGAAACGUAUAAGAGUCACUGCCAACAUCGAUGUAGCCGAUUCUGUUCAAUGGACCAUGGCUGCACCACCAUCGCUAGGGAGGGAGAUGCCUGCAAGAACCAUAACAGCUUGGGAACUCGGGAAUUCAAUAAAAUACUAUGGGUCACUGUAUCUCGCAAAAAUACAGAAUUCCAUUGCACGACAAAUAGGAUUAGAAUUAAAUGUGGAAGAUGAAGAGACGGUUGCUGAGAUAUUGUUUGUGAGUUUAAAUCGACAAAGAUUCAUGCUCAUCUUAGAUGAUAUGUGGGAUUUGUUGGAUAUAGAUAGGAUAAGGGUCCCUCGACCAAAUGCACAAAAUAGGUGCAAGAUCAUAAUUACCACCCGACAGUUAGCAAUAUGCAAUCUGAUGGAGACUGAUAAAAUUACAAAAUUGGAUGUUUUACAAAAGGGUGAUGCAUGGAACUUGUUUCAUCAGAAAGCAGGAGAGGUCGUAGAUUUGCCAAACAUAGAACCCUGUGCACGUGAGAUUGUCCGGGAGUGCAGUGGACUUCCACUUGCCAUUAUCACAGUUGGUUGUGCGAUGAAGGGGAAGAGUAGUGUUCAGGUAUGGGAAAAUGCAUCAAGAGCCUUGCGUGAGGCAUCACCAGAGAUAGAAGGUAUGGAACGCCAAGUCUUCUCAUCUUUAAAAUAUAGUUAUGAACGGUUGGAGGGUGAAAACAUCAAAUCAUGCUUCUUAUAUUGUUCACUCUUCCCCGAAGACUAUGAAAUUGAAAAGGAUGAGUUGGUACAGUAUUGGAUAUGCGAGGGGCUCACAGGUAGAGUAGACAGUCCAAAAUAUGCAAGAAACAAAGGGCAUGAUCGAAUUGAAAAGCUGUAGAGUCAUGCAUGCUGGACAAGAUCCCUAGUGAUACUAAAGUGAAGCUUCAUGAUUGAUCCGUGAUGUAGCACUGUGGAUUAGUUCCUCUUCCAGAAAUUUUGGCAAGUUUUUGGUAAAAGCUGGUUUGGGACUGCAGGAAGCA